AUGCAAUCCGGAAUCUCAGCCUCCCAAGAACUACAAUCCACAUUCAACGCCUUCGUCUCCGACCCCUCUCAACGCUUCCUCCUCGUCAGCAUUUCCAACGAGACAUUGAUCCCCCAUCUCACCAUCCCCUCGACCGCCUCCGACUUCAAGUCCGACCUCUCUCAAUUGUCCACUCACCUCACCCCCACCACAACCCUCUACAUCAUCAUCAAAAGCGCCCCCGAAGCCGCGGAUGGAUACAUCGCCGUCACCUAUGUCCCCAACACGGCGCCCGUGCGGCAGAAGAUGCUCUUCGCCAGCACACGCCUGACGCUGGUGCGAGAAUUGGGCAUCGAGAGGUUUCGGGAGACAUUGUUCGUGACGGAAGCCAAGGAAUUGACGCGGGAGGGAUGGGAAGCGCAUGAGAGACAUGAGAAAUUGGAGGCGCCGUUGACGGAGGAGGAGAGAGGGAGUCAAGGCGUGCGGGAAGCGGAGAUGAUUGAGAGUGGAGGCACGGGUGGUAGGAAAGGGUAUGUGAGGCAAGGCGCGGGUGUGGAAUUGGAUGUCGGGGAGGGAGUGCUUGCUGCUUUGCGGAGUGUGAAAGAGGAGAGGGGGAGAUUGGUGCAGUUGGGAUUUCGAUUGCCAGAUGAGAAGUUGGUUCUCGAGGGGGAUGAAAGUGGUGUUCAGGCGCAGGAUGUUGCGGGGAAACUCUCGACGGCGGAACCGAGAUAUUCGUUUUAUUCGGCCGAGGGAGAGGACGGGGUGGUGUUUAUCUACACGUGUCCGACGGCAUCGAAGAUUAAAGAGAGGAUGGUGUAUAGUACGGGCAAAAGCUGGACGAGGACGUUUGCCGAGAGGGAUGUGGGGAUUGUGGUGGGGCGGAGCUUGGAAGGGACGGAGCCGGAGGACAUUACUGCGGAAUUGGUGGGUGGGAAUGCAGCGGAAGAGGGUGUUGCAGAGUUGAAACCCAGUACUUCUGGAUUCGCGAGACCCAAGAGGCCUGGAAGGAGGUGA